AUUUUUUUUUGUGGUGUAAAUAAACAUUUACGCUGGUGGUAACAAUACAACGAACAAUCCUUUCGUAGUAACAUCAUAAUAGAAAUUGCAGUUAUAACAGUUAAAAAGAAUCUGACUCAUAUCAUUGAUUAAUUCUUUUACCUUUUAUUUUUUUUUCUAAAAAAUUCUGUCAUUUCUCCAUCCAGUGGUAAUAAGCUUUCUCGUAUACGAUAUUUCUUCAGUGACAUAAAGUGAGAUUUGUUCCAGGGUUACGCAGUUUUCAAGUUUCACCUAUAGUUCUUAUACUUUCUGAUUUUUUCUUUUAAUUUACUUCAUAUUCCAGAUUUGGACCUUUACUUGUGUUUUCGUGAUAAUGAAAUUGGUAGUUCUAGGUGGAUCUGGGUUCCUUGGCCAUAAUAUUUGUAAACAUGCUGUUGCAAAAGGAUAUCAAGUUGUUUCUGUGUCUCGAAGAGGUCGUGGUAACAUUCAGUUUAAAGAACCAUGGAUGGAAAAGGUCCAUUGGGAACGAGCGGAUGUAAUGAGAGAUCCUCAUUCCCUUCUUCCAUUUGCUCAUGGUGCUUCUGCUGUUCUAAACACGGUUGGAAUCCUUAUGGAAUCCAAUUAUAAGCAGGCGCUCGAAAACCCAAGAGGUUCCAUUCUUCAACUAGUCAAGAACUUGAAAGGUAAUGUUUUUCAAGGAUCUGAAAAUCCGUUGAAGAAGCCUGCUUCUCCUUCUGUUCCUCCUGUAAACCCGAGUUUAAAUUUUGAAUCUGUCAAUCGAGACUUGGCUAUUAAUACGGCCAAAGUAGCUGCUGAAGCUCAUGUUCCCGUGUACUGUUACAUUUCUGCUCAUGCGUCAGUUCCUGGUUUGGAUCCAAGAUAUAUAAGCACAAAGAGAGAGGCCGAGCAAGCAAUUUCGAACAUUCCAAAUAUACGUUCCAUCUUUGUACGUCCUAGUUUUAUGUAUGAUACUCACGCUCGACCUAUAUCAGGAAUCUUUGCUCCAUUUUUAAAAUUAUCUUCCGGAAUCAAUCAUUUCAGUUCUGGGUUAUUUGAUUUUCUCGGAGCAGCAUCUGCUGAACCCUUGCCUACUACUGUUGUUGCAAAAGCAACUCUUGGGGCUAUCCUUGAUCCUUCCAUAUCUGGACCAGUAGGAAUACAAAGGAUUAAAGAAUUGGCGAAUUGUGAAAGUUCUUCUUAAAUAUAGUACGACAAAUUUUGAAGAGCAUAGCCAAAUUUCCCGUAAAUCUCUUGUUAAUUUUACAAGAACAUCAACGAGUUUGGUUUGCUUUCCUUCAUUAUUUCUAUAACUAAGAAUUUUAUUUUAUUUCAUAUUCUAUUACUAUUUCUCAUUUUCUUAACAUUGCAAAUGUUUUGAUGAUGAUAAUAAUAAUUUUGAUAAUUUAUUUUGUUUAUUUCUUUCUUCUUAGGUUUCACU